GUCUCAACCUGUUCCAGAUUAGUCCGCUCUACUGGAUAUCCUUCCCUUCCUUCCAGCCAACUCACGACCGCCACGCCAUGGCAUCCACCCUCACUUUGUCCGCACUCCCCUCCGACGCCUUCCUGUCCUCACUAGACGGCCCGCCACCCUCUCAAGAUUUUAAGAUGCACCAGGUGCCCGAUGUGUUUGUCAUUCCGCCGGAGGAAGAGCAGGAGGACAACCCGCCGUGGUGCGUGUUCGAUGCGGCCGCUGCCGCCGCGCACGGGCUCUCUACCAUCCCGGACAUCGACACUCUCGAUGUCGCGCUUGGCCUCCACCAGCAAAUGGACAACCGUUCUCCGUCCUUUACCCGCCUCCACUCAAAUGCGUCUCAGGAGACGAUCAUUAUGCCCCACCGGGGCGCCGGCACCCUUCCGCGUUUGCAUGACAUCGACCUCGACAUGGAGGAUGGCCAGACGGACAUUCGGAGUAGGGGGAACGGGAGUACGCGGAAUAGGACGUACGAUGACGAGGAAAUUGUCGAGGUCGUGAAGGUCCGCCGGAGCGAAGGCAUGGCCGACGUUGGCGACCGUACAUUGAAGCUCAAGAAGUCGAGCACGUUCCGCGCCCGUGCGACACAGGCUCUGCGUUCAAUCAAGAAUGUCGGCAAGGGCUCCCGCCGCGCGACCGUGAGCGAACCUAAGCCCCUCAUGAAGCUUGCACCGCACGCAGCGGACACCGUCCCGUCGCGCCAUUCGUACCAGGAAGAGACACCAGUCAGCCCGGCGCGCGCGACAUCUCCGACCAUGAGCAGGCGGCGAUCCAUGACGCUUUCGCAGAUGUUUGCAUUCAAAGAGAACAGCAAGGAGAACCGGAGCGCUAGCAGACCAGCUUCACCCUUGGCGGACGAGCCAUUGUCUCCAACAUCGCCUUCGUACGACUCGCCGGUCGCUACGCAGCCCAUGUCUCCGACCGACGUUACUGGAUCGCAUGCAAAACGGCUGCAGCCAUCACCAUCCCUGGAGGACUGCAUGGCGACGCCCACACGGUCUCUCAGUCCAGGUGGGGACGACGACGGGUCAAAGCCAACACUUUCAAAGCGCAAGUCGUUCCGCCGCCGGCUGUCUGUUCUUGAACUCCAGAAGCUGUUCACGAAAGCCAGCGGCUCGUCAAAUCCACAGCCAGAUCUCCAGGCAAGCGCCCCAUCACCAACACCACCGGACGUCGACGAAGACCUCUUCUCCCCGUCUCUGUCCCGUCCGCUUUCCAUGGACUCGACUGCAAUGCUCUCGUCGUCGUCUUCGCGAAAGUCGAGCGUAUCGUUCGGCGACACCCCGCAAAUGUCCUCCCGGCCGUCAUAUACCUCCCAGCGGACCGUAAGCGGUAGCAGUGGCGUCGCGGACGUGAUCUCGGAUGAGGACCUGGAGAUGCGUCUGGAUUCGCUGCAUUUCGACUCGUUGCAUUUCGACCCGGAUGAGAUAAUGAGUACGAUAUGAGCCUCGCCUUCCCCUUUUCACGUCGGUCCUCUUAAUUUCCUGGAUGGAUGGACGCCCUGUACUAUCCCUUCGUUCGCGUACGCACGGCCGGUAUGCACAUCCCGCCCUGCGCCUAUUUCACACCACACCUGCAUCCGGCUUCCGCAUCUGCAUCCACACCCACACCCUCACACUCACUUCCCUUAGUAGUAUCCUUUGACACGC